AUGCGGCCGCGAGCCACUUCCGCGUGCACGGAGCGCAACUGCCAAUUCAAACCUACUGCGCAAGACAUAACGAGGCGGUACGAUUCAAUUCGCGCGAGCAAGUCAGACUCUUCUCGAAAGAGCCGGUAUGAGCUGGGAUACCUGAACACGAUGCGCAGCUCCGCGAGAGGUAUGAACCAGAAGUGGAGCGGGACAACAUCACUCAUUGCGCCCGAGCCAUCUCUCGAUGCUGCGCGCUCGCCCAGUGCUACACGGCACAUCGAGCACUUCAAAAUCUUCAACAACUCUAUAAGACUGCGCUAUAUUCGCACGACUGAACAUGCUACUGUAAGAGUUUCAAUAGUGCCAGGCACGAAGCGCCAAGAGAUCACGAAUACAUAUAUAGCACUUGUUCGGAGCGUUUCAUAUGCAGCGCGGAAGCACAUAUGCACAACCGCUGCCCUUAUGCAAUGCAAGGAGAUGGAGACAAACGUUAUUCGGACAUUACAAGACGUGGAAGGAUUGUAUUUGGACUUUUUGUCACGUGCUACAUUUACAGCUCUGCUCUCUAUUAUUAAUAUGCACAAUGGAUUUGAAAACGUGUAUCAAACAAUGAGAAAAUCCAAGGAGGAAUGA